CUCUGAUCGGUGUGUGUUUCUUUCGCUUGCUGUUUAUUGGCUAGUUUUGUUUCGUCUGGUGACAACAUCUGAUCCAGCAGCGCUUUUUGCGCCACUGCGCGACUUGCGCAGCUUUUCUUCGCUUGCUAGUUAUUGGCUAGUGAUAUUCCUUCUGGUGACAACAUCUGGACCAGCUGCGCGUUUUGCGCAACAGUGCGACUUGCACGACUACUUGAUUGUUGUGACUGUCUCAAAGUCACAAUGGAUAAUUGGAGAAGAAGAGACUCCCCCGAUGAGGAGAAUAUGAGGAGACAACCACCACCUCCACCUUCUUCACCUACUGAUGAAAUGAUGGAGAAUAACGCUGAGGUUACGGCACAUCUACCUGGGCAGUGCCUUGAGGACAGCGUACAGGUUCUCCCAAGAGUUACCUGUCAGCUCGCCCAGUUUACCAUCUCUGAGACUGAUAGCACAUCAUCAGAUGAGGAUACAAGUUCGGAUGAAUCCAGUCCCAUCAGCCCCAUCCGUCCUAACAGUCCUAUUAGCUCCAUCGGCAGCAUCAGCCUUCAGCAGGUCCCAGCACCCCAGUGUCCUCAGCACAUCUUUCUUCAUUGUCCUGGCUCCCUGACUGAUAGUUCUUCAUCAGAUGAGGAAACAACAAGUUCGGAUGAAUACAGUCCCAUCAGUCCCAUCAGCCCCAUCCGUCCUAACAGUCCCAUCUGUCCUAUCGGCUCGAUCAGCAGCAUCAGUGAUCAGCCACAACCAAGGUACUCCGUAAGAUACCCAGGACAAGUCAUCCCGGAGGAUUGGUUCAUUGGUCCCAUGCCUGAGUUGGCCUCAAUGCCGGAGUAUAGGGCCAUGUGUGAGUGGUACAGCUCAGACCGCGAGGCACAUAGAGAUAAUCUGGUGGUCACACACAGUCAUGUCAGCAGACCAUCUGAAGCAACAUCAGCAGAGGAAUUAAUAAGUAUAAACAUUACAUGUGCCUUCAACUGCACCAUAUCAUCGAGGCCAUUCAUGAGAUUAUAUAGAAACCUUAGAUCGAGACUUAUGAAGGCGGCCCAAAGAUUACGGAGGGCCCUGCAACAGCACUGAAAAAAAAAAAAAAAAAAAAAAGAGAGUCCAAG